AUGCGAUUUCUGUGGAUCGAACACAGGACCUUCAGAUUAACUGUGACUGGAGUUGAACUUCAGUCUGACGCUCUCCCAACUGAGCUAAAACCGCAAUAUAAACCCACGGCGGGAGUCGAACCCGCAAUCUUUUGA